GAGGUCGGCCCUUUUCCGCCGCAUCGCAGGCACCCCGCAACAGUCGCCCACGUUUCCAGCAUCGUGGCUGCCACGAAUACCUUCUCUAAACGACAUGCAUCAUGUGGUGGGACGACGACUCAAUCGAGCAGAUUGUGACGAGGGAGUUCGUCUGCAACCGGCUCCUCCCGGAGGAGAUUGAGCGCCUUGACAGGCAACUCGGCUUCGGCGAGAACCUGACCGACGGCACGUACUGGGAGUGGAUAGAGCAGAAAGCCAAGAAGGUCUUUCUGAUCCUCACCGAUCUGGGGCUGCCCGAUCAGAUAUUUGGCCUCAUCGACGACUCGUGGGACGAUGAAGACCUUCCCAUUGCGCUUGACCAAGUCGAGCGUCUCGCGUUGACGCCUUACAAGGACGCGAAAAUCGAGAAGAAAUUCUACCAUCGGCAGUUUCAUUACCUUUUGCGUCACCUGCAGAACGGUGCCCAUCUCGACUACCACGACGAUGAGCUCGUCCCGCUGGACGUCGCCGAGAAGAAGCAUGCCGCGAACCACAACCCCCAUGUCGACAAGGUCAUGCUGCCCAGGGAACCAGGCAUGGUCUUCUGCCGCUACCAGAUACCUCUUGGCCCGGGGUCUCUGAGCCGCGACCAGUUCAUUCGCGAGGUCAACGGUAUCAGGCAUCUUCGGAAUGACCACCUGCUUUCGUACUGGGCUUCCUACACACACCGGGAAGCUGGCUACGUCCUGUUCACACCAGCGUCCGAAUUCAGCCUCAAGUCCCUCCUCAGCAGCACGCCCGGCUGCCUGAAAAACCUGGAAAAGAACGCGCGCCGGCAAACAGUCAUGAACUGGAUCCACUGCUUGGCCGACACAGUUAGCUUCUUGCACAGCCAGGGUCUCUCGCACGGGAACAUCAGGCCGUCGACCGUCCUGUUUUCGAACGACCAUCGCGUCUUCUUUGGCGGCUUUACACGCUUCCACACCCUAAUCUCAACCGGAAUGACCGACAGCAGUUCGUUCGACAAGGAGGCGUAUGACUACGCGGCGCCUGAGCACGGGGACAGACGACUUCCGUCCUCGCCAUCCUUCCCCCCACGAGCGGCCGACGGCGGAGGUGGCGCAGUAAGCAUGACCUUCGCCGCCGAUAUCUUCUCGCUGGGGUGCGUGAUCCUCGAACUUCUCAGCUUCCUGUUCAAAAAGCACGGCCGGCCGUUCGCCACACAUCGUGCGGCAAAACACAAGUCGGCUGGCCGCGGGGGUGCGGUGCUGGACUGCUCGUUCCAGAGGAAUCUAGGCCAGGUCGAAACAUGGAUCGAGCAACUCACCAAGGACGCGUCGAAGGAGGAUAGCCCCGUAUUUAGAGGGGUCGCGCCGAUGCUGCAGCUGGUUAAGCAGAUGCUGGCACCCAACCCGGCGGACCGUCCCUCUGCCGGUCAGGUUCAGGCGAGAAUGUAUCAGAUCCUGACGGAGGCGUGCGGCAUCGCGGAGCCGCAUUGCGUGCACAAUUACGGCUCGCCGGAGCUGGAUAUGGCAAGCCUCACGCUGGGUUCGAGUCCGCUGAGCCCGCCUCCGCCGGGCUCACCUCCGCAGGGCUCGCCUCUGCAGGCAAGCCCUGGCAGCCCCGGCGCCGCGUUCUUGCGGAGGUGGAGGAGCGGAUCUUUGGCCGGAGAUCGGAGGCGGCGCGACAGCGGAGGAAAUAGCAGCAGCGGCGGCGGCGGCAUCCGGAAAAUGGGUACUUCGGCCCAAGAGGUGGAGAACGAGCGAGAAACCCGGCGGACCCGGAAGGACUCGUCUGCCGGCGGCCUGGGCAUACCGGAGAUCCUCGCGCGGGACGAGUCCAAGUCGUGGCACCUGCCCCUGUAUGCGAGCAGGUAGUGAGUGCUCCGGCGGGGGAGGCAGGUAGGCCGCCGCGACCGUUGCGGGCGGAGA